UAUUUGAAAAAAUUCUGUGGAUUCCUAUCUACAGUCGAAUGAUAAACUAUAAAGAUUUCGAUGGACUGGCAGUACGAUGAUUUUAAACAAUUAUUUUGCAUCGUCAUCCUGCUGAGAAUGGUGUAAUAUAGCUUUUUAAAAAAAGAGGACGAACCUACGAAACGUAAAGGAUAUAUCCUUUUUAUAUACAUACAAUUCGAUACAAAAUUAUGACUGUGCCGGCUGUUGAUCAGAGACAAAAGACAAGUAAAGAAAGAAGCCCAAUAUGGAAUAAACUUUCUGAUUUUGCCAAUGUUUUUAAAGCAUUUAUUGGAGCGAACUAUUUGGCUGUGCCGUUUGCAUUUAAACAAAGUGGAUUGAUUCUUGGCAUUAUUGGUCUUGUCGUUAUUGCCUACAUCACGGACCAUUGUUGUGUCCUGAUUGUGAAGUGCAAGAAAGCUGCGAUCGAUCAAAUGAUGAACUCCACCUACCAAUACUCGUACGACGAUGGUAGUGACGAGUAUCGCAAACUGGAAGAAAGAAAGAAAAGGAAAAGGUCAAACCUAGAGUUUACCAUCUCUUAUGGUGAUCUAGGCCGGAUAGCCAUGGGUCGGUGGGGAAGCCUUAUUGUAAAUGCGGCUCUAAUUGUAACCCAAUUCAGCUUCUGUGUCAAUUAUUUUAUUUUUAUUGGUGAUACACUGACAAGGGUGUGGCCACUGGCAAACAAGAAUCAUACCAGUAAACCCACCCUAAAUGCAACAUCAUUGCUCGGGGCAUCACCAUCAGAGAAACAUCCUAGUGCACCCAGUGCCAUAUACCUUAUGAUGAUACCCUUCCCAUUUUUUCUGCUGCAAACUUACGUUAGGAAUAUGCGAAACCUCGGUCCACUGAGCUCUGUUGCAAAUGCAUGUGUCUUCCUGGGGUUCUUCUCAAUUCUUGGAUUUAUUCUCAAUGGUAUAAACUUCAGCAAUAUCUACAGCGACAACUUCAACCUUUUCAAGUUCUCGACAUUUCCAAUAUUUUUCGGGCAAAUCGUUGGCGCUUAUGAAGGCAUCGGAACAAUAAUCCCCAUCGAGGCGAGCAUGAAAGAAAAUCGUCCAAACUUUCGAAAGUAUCUUCACUGCGCGAUAUCUCUAGUCUCGAUAAUCCUCGGAACUUUUGGAAUCUUCGGCUACAUUCAUUUCAGCGAUGAAGUUGAACAAAUAAUAAGCGACAACCUUCCCUACGGAACACUAUCCAUAGUCGUUCAGAUUACUUUAUGUAUUGGAAUACUUUUCACAUUUCCCUUGCAAAUAUUUCCAGUGGUUCAAAUCGCUGAGAAUUUCUUUUUUAAAGAGAAAAGUGAGCGAACUACAAUUACAGCUAGCUACAGUAGCGAACAUUCGGGCCUACGACCCGAUACACCUGUAGUGGUUCAAUAUGGAAGCAUAAGCCCGUCUGAAGAAGAAAUAUCUGGAGAAGAAAACGAUAACGGAAGCGUCAACCCAGUAUUAGUUCGGAAUUCCAGGGGACUGUGUUCCUGUGAUAUGGGAUGGUCAACCUGGAAGAGGAAUUUCGUUCGUACAAUUCUGGUGUGUAUAGCAUUCGGCGUGGCUUACGUUUCCCGGAAUUACUACGCAUAUGUCUCUGCCUUGUCCGGAUCAAUUGGCAGUUCUCUUCUUGCUUUCAUAUUGCCUUGUGCAUUUCAUUUGAUAAUAAAACGAGAUACGUUACCAACACUUAUCGUUGCCAAAGAUAUAAUUCUUAUUCUUUUUGGAAUAAUAGCCGGGAUAGUCGGUUUUGUUACGACUCUAAUUAAAAUAAUAAAAUAGUUUAUGAAAUUUGUAAAAUAUAGUCAGAAUAGGUAGCUAUAAUUUAUAUAUUGAGCCUAAGUUCUAUUUUUUUAGUUUUUGUGAAUGGUAUAGCUUACUGGGGCUCUAGGAGAUUAUGAAACCCUGAUUUUAUGAAAAUUAUUGACAUUGUAUUAUAAAUUAACAUCGACAUUUUCCUAAUGUUUAAAU